GUUAAUUCAUGAGGCGCUGCUGCUGAUCACUACAGGCCAUUCAGGCAGGUAGACUCUCGUCCUUUCAGUCGUGUCUGAGCUGCAGAGAAGAGCCGACCAUGCCUGGACUUCUGCUGGGAGACGAGUUCCCUAACUUUGAGGCCGACACCACAAUCGGCAGGAUCAAAUUUCACGAUUUCCUGGGCAGCUCAUGGGGUAUCCUGUUCUCCCACCCAAAGGACUUCACUCCUGUCUGCACCACUGAGCUCGCCUGUGCUGCUAACAUCAGCGAUCAAUUCAAGAAACGAGGUGUGAAGAUGAUUGCCUUGUCCAUUGACAGUGUUCAGGAUCACCACAACUGGAGCAAGGAUGUGAUGGCAUUUAGCAGUAAAGCUGAAAGCUCCCUGCCAUUCCCCAUCAUCGCUGAUGACAAGAGAGAGCUGUCAGUCCAGCUGGGCAUGCUGGACCCCGACGAGAGAGACAAGGAUGGGCUGCCCCUCACCGCUCGCUGUGUCUUUGUGAUUGGCCCUGACAAGAAGCUGAAGCUGUCCAUCCUCUACCCCGCCACCACAGGAAGGAACUUUGAUGAGUUGCUCCGAGUUAUCGACUCUCUGCAGCUCACUGCACAGAAGAAGGUUGCCACACCUGCCAACUGGAAGGUCGGUGACAAAGUCAUGGUCAUUCCUUCGCUCUCUGAUGCGGAAGCUGCUGCUCUCUUCCCCAACGGUGUGACCACUAAAGAGAUGCCUUCUGGGAAGAACUACUUGCGCUACACCCAACCCUGAAGAGACACUAAUGACUACAUCCUUCUUUAGUUUUCUACGCUGACCAAAAGCAUAGAGGUACUUAUCUGAUUUAGUGACUAGUGUCAUGCGAUGUUCCCAGCAAUGAACCGGGAGUGUUUACAGUGUCAUUUUUACAGUGCCUUGUUUCUUUUAAUAAACGCACUUUUGACACA